CGCACUGAAACCGCCUGCGCAUGCGCAGUCGCCAUUGUGUGGGCUAUAGAUUAGCCUAGUGCUGUCAACCUGAGUUCCUUCGAGAAUAUUGUAAUUAACGAACAAUCAGUUGUUGUGAUAUUAAGUCAAAGUUACGUUAAACUAGUGGUCGUUACUGUAUGAGUGAUUAAGUGAAGAGAUCGACGCGGAAGAAUGACAGAACAGAGGAGUGGAUAUCAGCAGUUGAAUAAUGAGCAGGAGUCAGCGGAGGUGUUUCAAGAAGCCGCGGAUGCGCCUCCACCGUACAGCAGCAUCACAGCGAGUAACGCAGCUUUCUUUGAGUACAAAGAGGAUGAGGUUUACCCCAAACCCCCCUCAUACAAUGUUGCCACGUCACUGCCGUCAUACGACGAGGCUGAGAGGAGCAAAGCAGAGGCCACCGUUCCUCUAGUCACCGACAGGGAUGAGGACUUCAUUGCCAGAGACAGCUUUGAUGAUACAGAUCAACUGCGGGUUGGGAACGAUGGGAUUUUCAUGCUUACGUUUUUCAUGGCGUUCCUCUUUAACUGGAUUGGCUUCUUCCUGUCCUUCUGUCUGACCACGUCUGCAGCUGGACGCUAUGGGGCCAUCUCUGGGUUUGGACUGUCUCUGGUCAAAUGGGUCCUGAUUGUCAGGUAUUCUACCUACUUCACUGGAUAUUUUGAUGGCCAGUACUGGCUGUGGUGGGUUUUCCUUGUUGUAGGAUUCCUGCUGUUCUUCCGGGGAUUUGUUAACUAUUCCAGAGUUCGCAACAUGGCAGAUCAUUCCAUGUCUACCCUUCCUCGAACCCGAGUUCUUUUUAUCUAUUAGAUUAAAAUCUCAGGAUAAUUGCAAAAUGAACAAAACGGCAAAGUCAAAGAGAGCCACCUACAGCUUUUUUGAAUCUUCAGGACAUAAACAACAGCAGUGCAAAGAACACAUCUGCUUCAGACGCCCUUGCACUUGUUGUUUGCAUAAUGCAACUAAUUACAUUGGCUUUUUUUUACUAAAGGAUCCGAGUUCCUCCAACCAUUUAUCAGUGCUUAAUUCAGUCGUACAGUAUACAUUCAUUAUGCAGUUAGAAGCUUACGUGUGCAUGUGCUCCAGUUUUCUCUUAAUUUGUGUGAAAGUUGUAAUUUUACUUUGUGGGUAAAUCUAGUAACUGAACUUUGUGAACUAUGUAUAUACAGUAUACGAGAAAAGAGAUAUUAAAUGUUAUAAACAUGCACUUUCAAGAUAUAAACAAGAACAAGAUGCACAGAGCGACUGCCAGGUCCUUGUAAAGCCAAAAGCAUAUUAAAAGUGUAUUCGAAAAUAUGUCGGCUUGUUUUAAAUUAGUCACCAAACGGACCAAAAUACUCUUAUUAUAUAAUAGGUUAGCUUAGAUUCAUAGCAGUUCAAUAUAAACAGCAAACUGAUUCAGCAUUAAAGCACACCUGAAUAUGUAAUGCGCUUAAUCAAUCAGUGUGAAUAACAAUGUUUUAUGAUGCCAAAUGUAGCAGUAGAUGGUUCAUUGAUCUUUUUGUUUUUAUUGAAGACUUCAGUAUGGGAUAGUGCUUCACGUUUGUGAUUUGUAUGUUUUACACUUGUCCAGUAACUUUUAAUAAA